AUGAAGCGCGCAAGCAUUUUGCGGCCACGAUUCGUUUUCAGUAAUGCUACCUCCCGCAACCGCUUGCCCGCUCAGGCAUUGUUGUACUCGACCACUGCAGCGCCUGUUAAUGCACGGGAAGAGCGGCUCCAGGACCGUUCGGUGCCCAAGGCGCCCUUGUGGCUCGGCGUAGCUGCCGGCGGCGUCGACCUCACGCUGCUCUCGCUGUCCGUGACACCCGACCAGCUUGUCCACCUGCAGGCCGUCUACGGCGUGAACAUCCUCAGCUUCAUGGGGGGCGUCCAUUGGGGACUCGCCAUGGCGAACUAUCAGCGACCGCCAUCAGCAAAGGCCUCUGUGGUGCCUACCACUCCCUCAGAGACCAAGGAGCAGGACAUGCCUUCAUCGACAGGCGGUAAUCGCGAGGAAUGGAGAUAUGGGCUCAGUGUGGUGCCGAGCCUGGUCGGUUUUGCGCUGAUGGCCGGCUUCGCGUCCGUCUAUGCGGGCGACUUGACGGCCGCUUCACACCAAAUGGUGCCCCGUUGGUACCUCAAGCUGCGCACGCCUCUCACGCUCAUCGUCCUCCUCUCCCUCGGCGUCUCCUACGCUCACCUCCCGCCACAACAGUGA